UUUUGAAACACGGCUGUUCCGCCAUUCGCCGGCUGCUCGGUUUGAAUGCUUGCGCAGUGCGCCGGGGCUGCCUUGCCUGUCCCCAGCACCCCGGGCUGCCUGCUAAUCUACCAGAGCACCGGCUACGCCAAGUAUCAGCAGAUUAUGGAUCAUUUUGAAGAAGAGCUGACCUGCUCCGUCUGCUUUAACAUCUUUGACGACCCCCGGAUCCUCCCCUGCUCCCAUACGUUUUGCCGAAGCUGUCUAGAAAAUGUUAUCAAUUCUUUAGACAGCUUCGUGUUCAGAUUGUCCAUAGUCCGUCUCAAGUGUCCCUCCUGCAGGAACAUCACUGAGCUGUCCCCAGGAGGGGUCAAUGCCCUGCCUAUAAACUUUGCGUUAAAAUCCAUCGUCGAAAAGUAUAAAAUGGAAGACCGCCACAACGUGGCCACCUGCCCGGAGCACCACAAGCAGCCAUUGAACGUGUUUUGCCUGAAAGACAGAAAAUUAGUUUGUGGCCAGUGUCUUACUGUAGGGCAGCACAGAGGCCACCCCAUCGAUGACCUGCAAAGCGCUUACUUAAAAGAGAGAGAAACGGCUCCUCAACUACUGGCGGUGCUCAGCGAUAAAAACUUUACAGGGGUUUCCACCAUAAUAAAGGCAUUGGAAGAGCAAAUGGCUUAUUGCAGGAGCAUUAUUCAAACGGAUAAGCAAGAGGUGCUGUCUUUUUUUGAAAAGACCAGCGAGAUGUUGGAGCAAAAGAAACAAGACCUGCUAGCGGCCCUUAAUGACGCUAACCAGCAAGUGGCCGAUGUGUACGGCUCAUUGAUUGAGGAAAUGAAGCAGAUAGAAGACGAGCAGCUGGAUCUCGUCUCCUUGUGCAGCUCCACCGAGGAAGAGCCGUCCCCGUUGGCUUUCCUUGAAAACAUUCACAAUAUCAGACAAAGAAUGAAGGUGUUAAAAAAACAGCAACUUAUUUCUCGCCAGCCGGCUGAAAUCUACCCCAGAGUUGGCCAUAUGUUAACUAAUGAAUACUUGAAGACAACUUUGGGGGACAUCGGUAUGAUUCCCACGCCUAAAGUAAAUAUCCGCUUUAAAAAAGACACUGCUAGUCCCAGAAGAAGCAGUAUCGCACCUAUGUGCUUUUUACUUAUAGUUAUUUGUGGUCUUCUCAUUCUGACGUUCUGUAACGUGGCCUUCCUGCGUGAUGGCUACUUUUCUGGAAAAAUGCAGCGGCUUGUGGACAGUUUUUGUGACAGCAUGUAUAAUGUACCGCCUGCUUAUCGUAGUAUAACGCGUGCAAUUCAGGACAUGCUCUGCUGAGAUAUACAGAAAUAAUUUAUUUUUACUACAAUGGUAGGUCACUUACAUCCUUCUCACACCUCCCGCUAUACCUAACCAUCCUUCUCACACCUCCCGCUAUAUCUAACCAUCCUUCUCACACCUCCCGCUAUACCUAACCAU